AUCACAACCUGAAUUUCCACUAAGCAAAGCCGAACUGCCAGAGAGAAAAUGCGUUCCUUCAUUCUGAUUGCCCUCUUCGCCCUGAUUGCCCUGGCUGCUGCUCAAGGCGGACCACAAGGUGGACAGCAGGGUGGGCAAGGAGGAUCUCAAAAUGGUCAGCAAGGAGGCCAGCAGGGAGGCUCCCAGGAAGGAUCCCAGGAAGGAUCCCAGGAAGGACAACAGGGAGGUCAGCAGGGAGGUCAGCAGCAGGGUGGUCCUGGCGGUCCAUGGGGUCUGCCUCCGAAUGGAACUGAACUCUCCAACAGUACCACAACUUCGACCACUGAGGCUACCAGCACUGAAUCCAGCAGCACAGAGGUUUCCUCUUCGUAACUUAUAGAUUGAUCCUAAUGAAAGCGAACAGGCUUGCUCAGUUCCUUACCAUUCCCUUUAUCAAUACAAGUUCUUGAAAUAAAUUGAUAUCAGUACUCU